AUGAUAGAGACGCUGACAGAGCUCGCGCGUGGCAGUCAGCGCAUCGGACAGCUCCACUUCAGGCAGACAGGCUCCUUCGAUCAAGCCCUUGCAUUACCAAGCUCAGAGUUCGAGCAUGUCCUCUUACGCGAAGCUCUGCCGCACGAGCGAUCUCUCUUUGCUCGAACAGCCCAGAGCAUCAAAGCGGCACCAAAGAUACCGCCAAUAGAAGCAAGGGAUGACCAGCCUGAGGUGUUUUUGCAGGCCGCGGCGACGCUGCUCAGCCUAUAUCCCUUGCCGAGCGCGACGCUGCGAUUGAACGAGCUAUGCACGCAGUAUAAUGCCCUGGCCAACACGAUCAAUAAGCUAGAAGCAGAGCUGGCUCAGCCUCGAGCUACGACAUCCAAGAUCCCCGCGGAUCAUCUCGUACUCGAAGCGAGCGUCUUGAAGGUAGAGACUGAGAUCAUGACGCUCAAAGACGCCAUCACGACCAAGCAGCGGCAGGCGCGAGCGAAACAAAUGUCGCCGGUCGUUCCUCCAAAGAGCCCGGCGCGCCCACCGCGUGCCAUCCGUCCCGUACCAGCCAAGGAGCUCGCCUCUCCAAUUGCUCCAGACUCGCCGGUCAGACCUGCGGCAGCUACAACCGCCGCAAAGCCAGCCACGCCUACUGCUGCCAGUCCAGCCAAAGCGCCUUCUCUGCCUACUUCGCCCGUUCGCAAGAGCCCAGCGCGAGCACAGAUUCCCGCUAGUCCUGGCAGAAAGUCGUUCAUACCCGAUGCAGACAUACAGGCUAUCCUUAACACGAUAUGGACUGCUUUGGGCGACGUACUGAGAUCAGCAGCUGGGCCUAGCCUAGAAGAUGCGGACACUAAGCGCAACUUGCGAACUACUUUACCGCUGCUCGCCCACAUCGCCGGCGGCGAGCCAACAGCGACAGCGCCUGCCAAUGUGAUGAUUCAAGCAGAAUUACUUCGACUGCUGCUAUCGUCACUUGGCGAUUCGAGCAGCUCGCCCCCUGCCAAGUUAAUCGAGAACCCCGCGACUGCAAAGAAGCACGCUUGGUUCGAAGAGCCCGCUGUGAAAUCGCUCAUAUGCGAAUAUGGCCGCACAAAAGGCGUAGCCGAUGAUCAAUGUCAUCGUCAGAUCUAUCACCUCGUCAGUCGAAAGGUCCUACAACUCAAUCGACGUGCAAGACCGAAUCUCAUCGGCUUUAGCUAG